GCCCCUUAAACCCAGUACUCAGCUUUGUACUUUGAAGCCAAACCAAAUCACUACAAGAAUAAAGCGAUACCCAGCUGCGUCUAUAUAUCUCUCACAGAAUAAUGUAUCAUCACCAACAUCGUCCGGGGGCCGGGAAGAGCAUGCAGUCGUCGGAGAGGCAUUUGUUUCUACAGGGAGGGAAUGGACCGGGUGGGGAUUCAGGCCUCGUUCUUUCGACCGAUGCUAAGCCGAGGCUGAAGUGGACUCCUGAUCUUCAUGACCGUUUUGUUGAAGCUGUCAACCAGCUCGGGGGAGCUGACAAGGCAACUCCUAAAACUGUUAUGAAAAUCAUGGGCAUUCCGGGGCUUACCUUGUACCACUUGAAGAGCCAUCUCCAGAAAUACAGGCUGAGCAAGAAUCUGCAGGGACAAGCCAAUGGUGGAAAUGGAAGCAACAAAACUGGUAUGGGUUGGCGUGUAGGCAGCGUGGCUGUGUCAGGAGACCAGAGAUUGGCUGAGCCUAAUGGACCAACUCGCACCACCACCAACAUACUCGUCGCCCCUCACUCCAACAACAAAAGCCUUCAGAUCAGCGAAACGAUACAGAUGCAGAUCGAAGUCCAGAAAAGGCUACACGAGCAACUCGAGGUACAACGACACUUACAACUACGGAUAGAGGCACAAGGGAAGUAUCUCCAAACAGUGCUGGAGAAGGCUCAGGAGACGCUGGGGAGACAGAAUUUAGGCACGGUGGGGCUGGAAGCUGCAAAAGUUCAGCUCUCAGAACUCGUCUCAAAGGUUUCCACACAGUGCCUGACCGCAGCCUUUCCCGAGCUCCAUCAGGGCCAGGGUCAGGCCCAGCGGCUCGGACCGCAACAGACCCAGCCCCAAGACUGCUCAAUGGAUAGCUGCCUCACCUCCUGUGAAGGAACGUCAUCCAAGGACCAAGACCAGCUCCUCCUCCACACCAGCCACUUGGCCCUUAGACCCUACAAUGUCCCUGCCCCCGGCCCCGCCUCGCUCCUGGCCUCCACUGCCGGCGACAACCAUCAUGGUGGCUUGUCCAUGAGCAUUGGAGGAGUGCUGCAAGGAGAGAAGGGUGACGGGUAUAAUGGGAGAAUGUUGAAUAAUAGCAGUAAAAGGAAGGAGGUCGGGGCAGGGGCGGAGAGAUAUAGAAUGGCAGCCGUGGCGCCUUCUUCGUUGGACUUAAAUGCUGGAGAUGAUCAACUUAGCAAUAAUGAUCAUGUGUCUUCUACUAAUUGCAAGAUGUUUGAUUUGAAUGGUUUUAGCUGAAUUGAUCAUGAGUAAUAUGUGGUUGGAAAAUUUACAUAUAGAUUAUUGAUUAUA